CUCUGCAGCAUAAGCAGCAUGUGCCUGUGCUGUACGGAGGACGAAGCCAUCCAAGUCAGCGCCGAAGGGCCAAGAUGGCAACAUCCUUCAGACGUCACUGCAAGGCAGUCCAGAGAUAAACGUAUUGAGAAUAUGAAAAACCUAAGGAAAGAGAAGAGGAAAUUUAAUAAACGGUUUGCAAGACCUGCUCCUCUUCCAGAACCAGGACUCCUGUGGACAUAAAGCUGGAGUCUGUAUGGAAGAAAUCAUGCCAGACAAAAAUAUGCGG